AUGGAGGAGGCUGCGGGCUCGGAGGUGUCCUUCUGCCUGCAGAAAUUUACCAUAACAGAUGACUCUAAGGAUGAUCACGAGUAUGAAGAGGUUCCACCAGAUGAUGAGUCCAGUCUUCAAGAAGAGGAUGAAGAUUUGGCAAAGGCUUUGCGCACUAUUGAAGAGCAGGCUGAAGAUGCCCAAAUCUUAGCUUCACAAUCAGUUCUGACCUCUGAGAAAUCAGUUUCUGGAGUACCUGGAGCAAUGGAUGACUUCUUCUGCAAUUUCCUGGUCAGAUUGGGAAUGUCCAGAACCCUUGACUGCUUUCAAACAGAAUGGUAUGAACUUGUACAGAGAGGCCUGCUCACAGCCAAAGACAUUGAAUCGGUUCCAACUGUGUAUAUCCGCAACCAGCAACUUGAGGCUGAAAAUAUGCAAUUGAAGAAAGAUCUGGAAAACUAUAAACAUGCUGCAAACAAAGCAAAAGAGGCUUUCCUAAAAAUGCAGAAGGAGCGUGACUUCCAUCGAAUGCAUCAUAAGCGAGUUGUCCAGGAGAAAACCAGGCUUAUUUGUGACAUCAAAAGGCUAAAGGCACAUUAUGCAUCAUAUGAACCAGUGCUCAAGCAGUUGACUGAAAAAUACCAGACUGCUCUGAGACAGAAAAUGUUAACUACUUUGGAGAAAGACAGAGCAGUUGGGCAGGUUGCAGAUUUGCAAGCCGCACUACAAAACUUAGAGCCUGGAUGUGCUAUUCAGAUGCCUGUGACAAAAGUAGGCCAUGAAUGUUCAGGGAUGAAGUGGCUGGAAGGUCCCACCCAGAAAGCUCUUCAGAAAGCCAGGCAGCAAAAAAUCCUUGAUGUUGAAAGCUUUCCAUCUGAUCCAGUCAAAGAUGCAGAGAAGACAAGCAAGAGAGAACCAAAGGAUGCUGAGGUUCCUAUUGAUAUUCAAGUGACCACACACAUGCAUCCUGAAGAAUACACUCAAUGCCUGAAAUAUGGAGAGUAUAAACUGAGCAGUGUUCUGAAAGUGCACAACUUCGCAGUGAGCUGCUUGGCUUCACAUCCCCGAAAAGACAUUGUAGUCACUGGUAGUGAUGAUCACCUCUGGAAAAUGUGGGCUUUACCUGACGGGAGCAUCAUCAUGACAGGUGAAGGUCACACUGAUUGGCUUUCAGGCUGCUGCUUCCAUCCAAGUGGCACUCAGCUGAUCACUUCAAGUGGGGAUACCACAGUGCGGCUAUGGGACUUGGCAAAACGUGCCUGCGUUCUGACUUUAGUAGAACAUACCCAAGCUGUAUGGGACUGCUCGUGGCAUUCGUGUGGUGAUUUUGUGGCUUCUGCCUCCAUGGACAACACAAGCAAAAUAUGGGAUAUUAACAGUGAGAAAUGCAAAUACACAAUGUAUGGCCAUAAGGAUUCAGUCAACAGCAUUGAGUUUCUUGCAUUCUCCAACAUUGUUCUCACUAGCUCUGCUGACAAGACUUUGUCUCUGUGGGAUUCCAGAACGGGUCUCCGUGUCUACACAUUCUAUGGUCACCUGCAUUCCUGUAAUCAUGCUACAUUCAACCUGAAGGGUGAUUUGAUUGCUUCCUGCGACUCCUCCGGUAUGAUGAAGCUCUGGGACAUUCGGAAGUCAGUCCCUGUUUUAUCUGUAGAUGCAGGCCCACAUCCAGCCAACCAGGCCGUCUUUGAUCACACCGGUCAGGUCGUGGCUCUGGCGAGCGGCGAUGGAUCCGUUAAGGUUCUGCAAGUUGAAUCUGGACGGCAAUCCAGCCUGCGGGGCCACAGCGGCGAAGUGCACAGCGUCGGCUUCCAUCGCCGGUUAAAGCUGCUGCUCUCCGGGGGUGCCGACGGUAAGGUUUGUCUCUGGAAAUGAGGACCAGCACGCUGCUGAACCUAACCUUCAUCUCAUGGAACAAGAACGGUUUGACAAGAGAGCAGUGAGGGCUUAGUGAAUUGUUUUCAUAGGUAAUGUGUGCAGUGGGAAUAACCGCCCGAAAGGAGUAUUAGUCUGUGUUUUAUCCAAAUAAAAACCCCAAUUUCUCCCUC